AUGGGCGGCAGUGCACUUACUGAACACAAAAACCUCCGUCUAUUGCCAAUCGGCAAAGGGAUACAUUCGAUAGAUGACAUUUCCAGCUACUACGGAGAUCUGACACUAUCAAUGUCAGGUGGCGUGACUGGUGAGUCGGGUCGAUUUGAAACGUCCGACGCACCAACAAACCUGAAAAACAUCGACAUCGACAAUCUUGACAAGACGACUGCAAAUGGCCACUCACACAUGGACGGCAGUGCUCCUGCUGGUGGAGAGUCCUCCGGACAGGUUGAUCACAUGGAUGCAUUCGAUAGAUCACUUUUUGGUUACUACGAAGAUCUGACAUCAUCAUCGUCAGCUCAUGAUGACGAUGUAGCUCGACUCAUGUCCACGCUCAUGGACGCCAGUGCUCCUGCUGGUGGAGAGUUUUCCAUCUAUCUCAUUGCCGUGAUCCAUUUCUCAAAGGGAUGCGUUCACGAGAUGACCUUUCCGGCUACCACGGAGAUCUGGCACUAUCAAUGUCAGGUUGCCGAAAAUGUCCGACACACCGACAAUCAUGAAAAAUCGUCGGCAUCGGCAAUCUUGACAAGAUCAUUGUGA